GGGCCGUCGACGCGUUCAGUUCAUUUCAACGUCGCGCUUUGUAUCUUGUAGUUCUGGCCGUUCGCUCGCCGAAGAAGAUACGCGGAUACAUUUCGGGAUUAACACUAAUUCGUUUUUGAUUGCCGCCAGCGGGGCCCCCCCCCCCCCCAGAUAGAGUAAAGCCAGCUGCCGUCGAAGGACAUCAACGCAUAUCCAAUCUACAAAAAUUGGAAGGAAGGAAGGAAGCAAGGAACGAAAACAAACAGAGGAUCGGAUCGUAAACAAGGCACACGAUCGAAGCAUAGUGGGAAGGGGAAGGGGAUCACAAAGGGCUCUCACUCGUGCCAUAUGAAGCAUUAAGCCGCGUAUAAGUGCCACCGGGGGGUUGCUGCCGCUUGCCUCCUAAAGGAAUUCCAAUUUCACAAUUCAUGCGGUGGCCGAGGAGAGAUCCUGGUGACGGACUACUGCUGCUGCUGCUGCUGCUGCUUAUCAGCCAUGCCACACUCGACGGAGGGUUGCACCAACUAAGGGUCGGGUCGGGCCGGGCAUCGGGGUCUUAUCUUAAAGCUUGGACUGGGCCGUACAGAGGGUGACGUUGAAAAAGAGCAGAUGUUCAGAGGAGAGAGAAAAGGAAACCCACAAUUACAGAAGCAGAGCAGCAGAUAUUCAGGGCGCGUGCGCGGCAUGCUUAGAAAGAGUCGUCCUUUGCACUCCACCCCCUGCUGCCAGCCACCAACCGCCUCCUGCUCCUGGCUUUCCAUUUAGUGAGGUGUAGGACAGAGUUCUGGGCGUCUCCACUCACAGACACAUCAAUUCGGAACGACUAAAUUUCAUGUGCUGCAAUGUCUGAUGAAAAUAAUUUUGGUAUUAUAGAUUUUAGUUUGGUUUGCGAGAGUGCUGCCUCUGCCUCUGCUGCUGCCGGCAAAGCGCCGCUAGAGAGGGAACAAGCCAUAGGAUUUACAUUGUCGGACAAAGAGAAUUGCGGGGACACGACAGUCAUAGACACGCCCACCAUUACGACCACAGGUGCCACGGCACAGCCUGCCACGCGCUCCAGCACGCUGGGGGCCACGGGGAGAUCUGUGGGUGCCGGAAAAGCUGCCCCUGCCGCCGGCAAGGACGUGGGCGAUGGCAUGACCGGCGGCUCUGAUCUCAAGUUCCAGUCGUACGUGAACGGCAACGGCAAUGGGGUAUACAAGAUCGUCAAGACUCUGGGCAAGGGUAACUUCGCGAAGGUGAAGCUGGCGGUGCACAUACCCACGGGGCGGGAGGUGGCCAUCAAGGUGAUCGACAAGACGCAGCUGAACACGAGCGCCCGCCAGAAGCUGUACCGCGAGGUGCGGAUCAUGAAGCUGCUGAAUCACCCGAACAUCGUGCGCCUCUUCCAGGUGAUCGAGUCGGAGCGAUCGCUGUAUCUCGUGAUGGAGUACGCCAGCCGGGGGGAGCUGUUCGAUCAUCUCGUCAAGCACGGCCGGAUGCGGGAGCGGGACGCGCGGGUGAUCUUCCGGCAGCUGGUGUCCGCCAUCCAGUACUGCCACAGCAAGUUCGUGGUGCACCGCGACCUCAAGGCGGAGAACCUGCUGCUCGACCAGCACAUGAACAUCAAGAUCGCGGACUUUGGGUUCGGCAACACCUUCGACCCGAACGCCCAGCUGGAGACCUUCUGCGGCAGCCCCCCCUACGCCGCCCCCGAGCUCUUCAUGGGCCGGAAGUACGCGGGGCCCGAGGUGGAUGCCUGGUCGCUGGGCGUCGUCCUCUACACGCUGGUCAGCGGCUCCCUGCCCUUCGACGGGGGCACCCUCAAGGAGCUGCGGGAGCGGGUGCUGCGCGGCAAAUACCGGGUGCCCUACUACAUCUCCAUGGACUGCGAGAACCUGAUGCGCAAGUUCCUCGUCCUCAAUCCCGCGAAGCGCACCACCCUCAACGCCGUGAUGGGCGACAAGUGGAUCAAUCUGGGGCACGAGGAGGCGGACAAGCUGCGCGUCUACCGCGAGAAGCCCAUGGAGCUGCAGGACCCCGCGCGCGUCGACCUGCUCGUCGGCAUGGGGCACAAGAGGAGCGACGUGGAGCAGUCGGUGCGGGGCCAGCUCUUCGACGACAUCUACUGCACCUACAUGCUGCUGAACGUGGCCAAGCCGCGGUCCAAGGGAUCGUCCAGCACGGAGCUGUCAGCCGGAUCCUCCGGCUCCGGUUCCGGCACGGCCACCGCCACCGCCUCACCACAGACAGCCGUCACGCCUGCCCCAUCGGUGGCCCCAUCCGCCUCUAGCCGCCCCACGGGGCCACGAAUGGCCAAUAUCCUGAGUUCUCUGACGGCCACGACCAUUCCCGCCACCGAGGCGCCAGCGACGAGAACGGGCACGGCUGUGGCUCCCGCGAAACCCACCCGAAGGACGCCCGCCCGAAAGGGUACCGCCUCCGCCGUCCGCUCCGAGAACAGCUCCCGCACCCGGUCCCCCCACACGACGCAGUCGAACAAGCGGGGAGCCGGCGGAGGCGUGGAGGUGAAGCCAACGCUCCUCAGCGCCCAGCGGCAGAUGGCCCAGACCCAGAAGAUGUCCGCCGCCACGCCGCCCCGCUUCCAGUACCUCCGCGAGUCGCACAGUCCCGUCCAGACGCCCGGCUCCGCACGGCGUCCCACCACUCUCUACGAGAAGGCGGACCUUGCCACGCCCCCUACCCCUACCACGGCCACAGGCGCCACGCCCAUGGUGGUGCCAAAAUCCCCGGCCAUCGGCCAUCGUCUGAUGGAGCGUCUCGACGCGGCCAGCGAGAAGCCCUUCACCCGCCAGACCGCGGCCCGUGCCACCUUCCACUUCGGCCAGGGGCGGAGUGGCAAGAACGGCCGCGGUGGCACGGGCAUUGGGGCAGACGACGACCAGACGCCCCCCCUCUCGGCGGACGACACAAAGCCCGCCUCCCGCGUGGGCUUCUUCUCGAAGCUCACAGCCCGCUUCGGCCGGCGGGUGAUCCAUCUGAACGAGAAGGACGUGGCCGAGCAGCGCAAGAACCUCACCAAGUAGGGGGAUGGAUCCAUCUAUAGGACAUCGUGUGUGUGUUUGUUUUAUCGAACCAGAAUACCAACUAAAAUCUGUAGGCUAAUUUCGAUAUGAAAAAAUAUAUAGUUUAAUAUAAUUUAGGAGACAAGUUUCCAACCAACCCCCUCAAAACUGUAUAGAGAACAUCGAACUGUAGACUUUAAGCCGUUGAAAAGUGAAUAUAAAACUGCCAAGAAUGGAAGGUGAUAGUAGAGUAGAAGAUGGACCGAAAUUCGAUUAAAAUUUCAGCAUAAAAACAAAAGCUUUUUUCCCCUAUAAAUAAAAACGAUCUAGAGAGACA